AUUUGAUUCUCGAAUCCGGUCCAGCUCCAGUUGUAACUUCUUCAGGGUCACCGUCACGACGAACACUCUUUCUUGCGUUCCAUUCACGCAGACAUGGCUACGAAGAGGACAAACAACCAGCACAUUCAAGUCUUUGUGCGAUGUCGGCCCACAAACGCCCAAGAAAAAAAGGCGGGUGCUGUGAAGGCCAUCGACGUCAUCUCAGACCGCAAGGAGAUCGUUGUCAGAGACCGCUUCAACAAGACCUUCGUCUUUGACAAGGUUUUUCCUCCAGAAGCAAAGCAGAUCGACGUCUACCAGGCUGUGAUGGGCCCGACGAUUUCGGAGGUGAUGAUGGGCUACAACUGCACCGUGUUUGCAUAUGGCCAGACUGGGUCAGGCAAGACGUUCACAAUGGAAGGGGAGCGCUGCGACACCAACCUGAGCUGGGCCCAUGACCCACUGGCUGGGGUGAUCCCCCGCACCCUGCACCAGAUGUUUGAGGAGCUUACCCUGCAGGAGCUCGAGUUCACCAUCAAGGUCUCCUUCCUGGAGCUGUACAACGAGGAGCUGUUCGACCUGCUCAGUGCCACCGAGGAUACCACUCGCCUCAAGAUCUACGAGGACUCGGCACGCAAGGGCUCUCUGAUCAUCCAGGGCCUGGAGGAGGUGACGGUGCACAGUCGGGAGCAGGUGUUCAGCAUCCUGCAGAAGGGGGCGGCCAAGCGGCAGACGGCGGCCACCCUGCUCAACGCCCACUCCUCUCGCAGCCACACAGUCUUCACCGUCACCGUCCACAUCCGAGAGAACACUGACGACGGAGAGGAGCUCGUCAAGACCGGCAAGCUGAACCUGGUCGACCUUGCUGGGAGUGAAAACAUUGGCCGCUCUGGUGCCAUGGACAGGCGUGCUCGCGAGGCUGGAAACAUCAACCAGUCUCUCCUGACUCUCGGCAGAGUCAUCACCGCUUUGGUCGACAAGGCACCUCAUGUGGAGAGCAAGCUGACCCGUCUGCUGCAGGAUUCGCUGGGGGGCCGCACCAAGACCUCCAUCAUCGCCACCAUCUCUCCCGACAUGUGCAACCUGGAGGAAACCCUCAACACCCUGGACUACGCCCACAGGGCCAAAAGCAUCACCAACCGGCCAGAGGUCAACCAGAAGAUGACCAAGAGGGCCCUCAUCAAGGAGUACACUGAGGAGAUCGAGCGGCUGCGUCGAGAGCUCGUCGCAGCACGGGACAAGAAUGGCAUGUUUGUGGAUCCUGAGAACUACAGUGCCAUGGAGCGUCGGCUGACCUGCCAGUCCGAGAACAUCCUUGCCAAGGAGGCCCAGAUUGAAGACCUCUCUCAGCGCCUGGCAGACCUCGAGGAGCUCUUCACAUCCACAAAAGAAGAGGUUGCAGCAAAGACCGAGGCCCUGCAGAACACGCUGGUGGACCUUCAUCACACAAAGGAGAACCUUGGUGCCACAAAGCAGGCGCUGUUCAAGACUGCGGUGGAAAGGGACGAGCAGCAGCACCUAGUACACUUCCACGCCAAGACCGAAGUUUUGCUCACGGAAACGGCAAAGACUCUGGUGGACGUGGCCAAGACUGCAACGGGGGACAUCGACCUCCUGCAGAGGAAGCUGCAGUGCAAAUCUAGCAUCGAGACCGCCAAUCGGACGAAGCAGCGGGAGUUCCGGGAGGGUGCCGACGCCCUGUUUGCCACCAUCGAGGGGAACUCGCGAAGCCGGUUUGAGAGCCAGGAGCAGACCAUAGAGAGCAUCCGAGGCUCAUUCGCCCAGCUUGACGAACUGGCCAAGAGUGAGCAAGAGGCGAUGGCACUGCUGACGGCCAGGGCCAAGCAGUCCCACCAGAAUGCCGCCGCUGCCCAGAGCAGUGCCCUGGCUUCCAUCUUGGACGGCGUGCGGGCGGCAGAAGAGCAGCUCGGAACGCACGCACGGAGCAGUCUGGCGAGCAACACCGGUUUCCUGGUGCAGCUGUUCCAGGCGUCCGUGUCACCGCUCGUGGAUGGUGCCCAGCGCAGCCUGCAGGAGAUGGGCGACCAGUGCCUCUCCCUGGGCGACAAGGUCCGAGGCUGGUGCAGGGAUGCGAGUGCCCGCCUGUCCCAGUUUGAGAAAGACCAGGCUGCUCUGAUGAAUGCCUGCUGGGAGGACAGCGCUGCCCUGCACAAGCGGUGGCAGCAGGCAUCUCAAGAGGCGCGUCAGCUCACUGCAUCCCUGCAGCAGGACGUGCACAGGAGCUCCGCGAAUGCAGAGGCGCACGUCGCCAGCAUGCAAAAAAUGCUGCAGGAAUAUCUGGAGUCUGUGAGGUCCUGCUCGGUGGACUCUGAAGCCAGGAACUUGCAGAUGGUCGAGAAAGCCACAGAGUGCGAUGGCAUUGAGGCGUCGCUGCUUUCGGUCACCUCCCGCGUCAAAGACGACUCGGCCUCAAAUGUCCAGAGCUUGCUGUCGGAUUGGACGGCCAUUGAAGAGGGUGCCCUGAUCAGUACCACCAGCAGCCUGUCAGAGGUUGCCGCCUCGAACAAGGAGCUGUCGAGUAUCCAGCAGCGUGUUCACCAAGACGUCUCCGACGGAGUUUCAUCUUUGACCCAGUCUUUGUCGCAACAACACAGCGACCAGGAGGCGAUGCGACAGGCCCUAGUGGACGAGGUGGCAGAACGAGCGUCGCAAGGAGCAGCCGCCGCGGACUCGCUCCUCCACGAAGCGGACGCCGUCGUGGACGACCUCUGGGAGCGGGUGUGCGACCACGCCGACCGCGCGGAAGCCCUGUGCCGGGAGGGUGGUGCCCAGGCCGACGAAGCGCGGGCCACUGCGGCCAGCCUGGACGUGGAGACAAGGGGCAACGUCGCAGAGUUCCGAGGCGCCGUGACACGCUUCUUCGAGAGCGACCUCCAGGAGUAUCGGCCGACGGGCUGCACCCCCCAGCGCAAGGAGUACCCCUUCCCGACGGACCUGCCCCAUACCUCUCCCCACGACGUCAUCCUGCGGCGCCUGCGGUCUGCUGCGUUGGACAUGGAGGCGGCCAUGCGUCUGCCCCUGCCAGACGGGGGAGACAUUGAGGCUUCCAGCUGGGAAACACUUGCCUCCGCCAAGUCCUCCUCCACAGAGUCUCUGACCUCAUGUUCUUCCAAUAACAGCGACGAAAAGGAGAACAAGGCAAAGCAACCGUCUCGCAAGGCCAAGAAAAUGACCAAACAUCCUUCGAAGAAAUGCCUUGCAGCCAGGAACGUCCGUUAGGAGGCUUUUUAAACUCUUGACGACAUUUUAGCUGAGGACCUCAGCACUGAUCAUGAUUCACGUUUAAUUGCAUCUUUUAAAUUGACUGUGCCGGCAUAUUAAGUGUUUUUUUUUUAUUAUUAUUAUUACAAUGCACAUCCUCUGAUUGUGCUGCAAGUUUUUUUUUUUUGCUUCCUUUCCCUAUAUACAUUGGCAAACUUUUUGUCAACAAAACAAAAAAAAAUUGCAGCACCACUUUUUAGAACAUUUUCGUAUUGUUUAACCGAGCAUUUUAAGUUGGCUUUUAUUGGAUUCGUAUAUAGGGUGUCUGAAAUAGCCAAGCUCGAUCUACCAUGGGCCGUAAAAAUCGGCGCCUGCACGAAGCAAUCUAAACUUUUCGUCAUAGGUGUAUUUCACAAGUCUGUCUUAACGUGCAAUAUUACAAAGCAAACGUGGGGCCACAAAUCUUGCCAAGGUCAGCGGCAAGUUUUACUCGUUUAUUUUGAAACCUUAAGACCGACCUGUGAAAUACACCUUUAAUGAAAAGUCCAGAUUGCUACAUACAGGCGCCGAUUUUUACGGCCCAUUUUAGAUUCGAGCCUGGGUAUUUCAGUCGCCCUAUACUGUGUCACGUCUUUGUAAAUUGACAGCAUUUUCACAAUUUGUACUUAUCUUUUUAUCCUGGACUACGUAUAGAUGCCCUUCGAUACUUGCUUGGGCUGGCUAUGAACAUCCUUGAAGGGACACUAAACCUAGGGAAAGUUAUUUUUUCUAUGUUGUUAGGACAGGCUUAGUUUGCUAGACCUCUGAGCGCACACUGGAUGGGGACAAACCAAUAAGUUAGAACGCCCUGGAGCGAUAAACUGGCAGCUGAAAGUGUCCCUUACCCGGCUGCCGCCAUGUUGCUCAUGUUUGACCCACUAGACACGUGACCUUAUAGUAUUAUGUUUAGAUUUUAACGAAGCACUGCGCACAAAUAAUUCUUAUUGAUCUUUAGUAACAGUAACGACGAGGCAAGUUAUGUUUUGUUUGUUUUAAGUCCACAAUGUGCUUUUACGACAAACUCUGGCAGCUUCACAAUGCCUCUGCUAGAGCCCGUCGGCUACGGUGCUGUUUUUUUUGGGUUUUUAUCGGAGCUACACACUGAUCUCCGAGGCUAACAGUAUUGAAAAAUAGUUUAUCGUGUUUUUUUACAGCAAUCUCAAUACAAAUCUCGACUCAGUUUUGCUUAAAAGCCUCGGGAUUUGGUACGGUCACGUGUCUAAUGGUCAAAAUUGUACAAGAUGGCAGCAGCCAAGUGGGGCUCGCUUUUUGUCUGGUGAAGAAGGUACCAGUUUAUCAUUCUAAGCCCCUCUACCUUGUUGGAACAAACGCUAUCAUCUUGCAGGGGUGCAACUUCGGUUUGGCCUGCAAAUUGAAAAAUUUGCAUUGUACCAUAAACAAUACAAACUCUUUUUUCAAUUAACAUGUAUUUUGAGACAUGCCUGUCCUAACCAAGUAGAGAAAAAAAAAAUUUUAGGUUUCGAGUUUUUUUACAUUUUACAUUGGCAAACUACCUAAAAAAGUUAAAGAAACAUUUAUUGUAGCAUUUGUUUUAAUAGCUGUCAGUUUUAAUUUUAUGCAGCAUUCCAUGGACCGCCUAACAAAGAGGAAGUGACUUUUGCGAUAAUUUGUCAAAAGAAAUCUUUCUUCCCAUUGAUGAUGGCUUCCUCGGCCUUCCAUUGUAUAUAGCAGACUUUUGUUGCGCAACUUUAUUCAGCAUAUUGCCUUCUGCGCUUUCUUUGAUUAGUACUUAAUCUUACUGUUCUCACAAUGUACAUUCUUUGUGUCCUUUGACAUGUCCACAUUAAAAUGUUUAUGUGCUUC